AUGCCGAUUGAGAUUGUCUGCAAAAUCAAAUUUGCAGAGGAGGAUGAGAAGCAGGCGGCGAAAGAGGAAGGGGACAAGGAGAGCUUGCUAGAGGAGCCUAGCCGGCCACGCCAUCGUGACCUGGCCGCCUUCGCCGGCACCAGCACCCUGCACGGCCUGGCCCAUAUUUGCCGCUCAGGGCAACUGGGGGUCCGACAGGUCCUCUGGGCCCUUGCAUUUGUGGCCUCUUUGGCCUUUUUCUUGUAUCAGGCAGCUCGGUCAGCACUCUUCUACCUGGAGCAUCCGCAUGUCACCACCCUGGAUGAGGAGGCUACCCAAAAGAUGGUCUUCCCAGCCGUCACCAUUUGCAACAUCAACCGUUUCCGUCAUUCGGCGCUUACAGAUGCCGAUAUUUUUCACCUAGCCAACAUGACUGGAUUGCCACCCAAGGACCGUGAUGGACACAGGGCCUCUGACCUGCUCUAUCCUGACCCAGACAUGGCUGACAUUGUCAACCGCACUGGGCACCAACUUGAUGACAUGCUGAAGAACUGCAGCUUUAGUGGUGAGAAUUGCUCUGCAGAAAACUUCACAGUGGUCUACACCCGCUAUGGAAAAUGCUACACAUUCAAUGGUGACCGAAAUAAAGCACGGAUGACUCGCCAGAGUGGGAUGGGGAAUGGGCUGGAGAUCAUGUUGGACAUCCAACAGGAGGAAUACUUGCCCAUCUGGAGAGAAACCAAUGAGACAUCAUUUGAAGCUGGAAUCCGGGUACAGAUCCACAGCCAGGAUGAGCCACCCUACAUUCAUCAGUUGGGAUUUGGAGUCUCCCCUGGUUUCCAGACCUUCGUUUCCUGCCAAGAGCAGCGGCUGACAUACCUGCCCCAGCCUUGGGGAAGCUGCCAGGCCAGCCUGAAGGAGGAACAGACCCUGCCUGGCUACGAGAGAUACAGCAUUGCUGCUUGUAGGCUGCAGUGUGAGAAAGAAGCAGUGAUGCAAAACUGCCAGUGUCGCAUGGUGCAUAUGCCAGGAAAUGAGACCAUCUGUUCACCCAAUGUCUACAUUGAAUGUGCUGAUCACACACUAGAUACAGCCAUUGAAGAUACCCAGGAACGCUGUAUCUGCCCCACACCAUGUAAUGUGACCCGCUAUGGCAAGGAGAUUUCCAUGGUACGCAUUCCCAACAAAGGCUCGGCCCGGUACCUUGCUCGCAAAUACAACCGCAAUGAGACCUAUAUCCGGGAGAACUUCUUGGUGCUGGAUAUCUUCUUUGAGGCACUGAAUUAUGAGGCAAUUGAACAGAAGAAGGCAUACAAUCUGGCAGGGCUUCUGGGGGACAUUGGAGGCCAGAUGGGCCUCUUCAUUGGGGCCAGUGUCUUAACUAUCUUGGAAAUCUUGGACUACAUCUGUGAGGUGAUCUGCGACAAGAUGGCCCAUGGCCUACGGCGUCCCAAACCUGCCCUGAAGAAGCCUUUGGGCAGUAUUGCUACUCUGGGACUGGAGGAAAUCAAGGAGCAG